AUGACCGGAGAAGGCUGGCUGUUUCUUUUCGCCGUGUUGAUCAAUGCGGUGAACUUGUUCUUGCAGGUGUUCUUUACGAUCAUGUACUCCGACCUCGAAUGUGAUUACAUCAACCCCAUCGACCUCUGCAACAAACUCAAUUGGUGGAUCUUCCCGGAAAUGGGCAUUCACGCCUUCACUACCGUCCUCCUGCUCCUCAACGGUCAAUGGAUUGCCACGGCCCUCAACUUGCCCCUCCUUGCGUACAACGUCAACAAAGUCGUCAACAACGCUCAUUUGUUGGAUGCGACUGAGAUCUUUAGGACGUUGGGGAAGCAUAAGAAGGAGAGCUUUGUGAAGUUGGGAUUCCAUUUGGUGUUGUUUUUCUUCUACCUUUACAGCAUGAUCGUUGCGUUGAUCCGUGAUGAUUAA